AGAGCCUGGCAGAGGGCCCAGAUUUGAUUGUGUGAGUGUCGAGUCCAAAACCAAGUCAUUAGUAGAGGCUGCCUACUGCCUGGCAGCAGAGAAGUAAUAGUUAGUUCUUGUAGUGACCUGGCUUCAGGUGCGACUUGCCGUGUUGGUGGAAUAGAAGCCACGAGAGUCGGCAAGCUUGCGAGAGCUCGUGCGGCCGAACGCCGUUGGUACGUUUCUAGAACGCCACCGAUGAUCUAAGCAUGUCAUUGUGCGAAGCACGCAACAUAGUCAUCGGUAAAAAAAGUGAUUCCUCCGUCGUAUCUCAGUCAUUGUUGUGAUUAUGGCUUGAAGGUGUUGUGAGUGAGGCAGACUGGAAGAGAGUUGGCGAUGUCGACGAUCACAGGGAGGACUGAUGCUGGCAGCACGCUAGCGGUGCGAGAGCUGCGGGAGCGUCGACGUGCGGCGCACUCACAUCAUACAGAGCAACGAACCAGCGGUGGUGGCAGCAGCAGCGGCAGCAGUGCUGGAGAUUCAAUGAGAGCUGUGGCGGAUGAUGGCCUCCUGGAUUUGGACGGCGACGGUGCGAACGAUAACCUAGGCUCGGGCAGUUAUGGUGUUGUGCUCCGGGCGGAAUGGCACGGAGCGCCAGUGGCCGUCAAACACAUUCACUCCUCCGCGCUCCAGAUGCGAUCCAGCAAAUCCGUGGACAAGUUCAAAGCAGAAAUGAUGAAGCUGAGCUCGCUGUGCCAUCCGCACAUCAUCCAGUUUAUUGGCGUGUCGCGUCCCAAACAGGGUGGCGUACCAGGCAUUGUGAUGGAGAUGAUGGCGUGUACGCUACGCCAGCGGUACAGCUCCUAUCCGCGCCUGACGAAAGCGGAACACCUAAGCAUUGCUCACGGUGUGGCAAGCGGUCUCUCCUACCUACACUCCCUGCGGAUACUACACCGCGACCUCACCACGAACAACAUCAUGAUGAAGGACGUGCAGACGACGCAUGCAAAGAUCACGGACGUGGGCCUGUCGCGUCAACUCGAGGACGGCGCAAUGGUAGCAGGUAUGACUGCAUCACCGGGAAAUAUGACUUACAUGGCACCGGAGACGUUCGGUGAUGAUGGCCGGUCGGCGGCAAGAGGCGGAAACGGUCAUGGAACAACGCACGCCGUAUACGGCUACGGUUCGGACGUAUUCUCACUGGGCGUAGCCAUGCUGGCCAUGUGCGUUGCUAGGGAACCGCCGGGCGUGGUUACCUUGGUGAGGCAGGGUCGUCAUGGUGACCUCGAUGAGCUCAGUGCCAACGAUGGACACCCGCUGUCACCGCUCAUCUACCAGUGCCUUCAAGAGAGUAGUACGCUGCGGCCACGGGCAAAGUAUGUUGUACAGAUGGUGAUGAAAGCGAAGCGUGACUUCAAUCCAAUGCACAGCCUAGACUCGAUCGCGUCAAAUUCGACCACCGGAUCUUCACGGGACUCUACGGAAUCAGUUAAACAAGCGCACAUUGAGCGGCUCACUUCGGACAUAUCUGCACUGUCUGAGCGCUACGAAGCACGCUGCACUGACCUUGAAAUCGAGCGUGCGGAACACGCUGCCAAACAGCACGACUUAGAACUGCAAAUUGACGAAGAGCGGGAGACAAGCUCCAGAGCUCGAGAAGAAGCAAGGCGAUAUUGCGACGAGAUGGUGAAAAUACCAGCGGGAUAUGCCUCGUGGCCUAGCAACGAUAGCCACGGCAGAGACGGCGACAAUACCGAGUUUCCUGUAAACGUACAUACCAAAUCACUGAGUUUAACACCAGGCGGCAGCGGGUACAAAAUCACGACAUCUGGUCACGACCGGUCGGUUCAAGAGCCAUACGUCUUUGAACUGCGAGCGAAAGUAAAAAUGCUGACUGUCGAAGCCGAAGAGCUUCGGCGGCAGCUUUCUUCGAGUCAGAGAAACUACAGCGCCCUUCAGAGGAGUAUCUCGCCGGGCCCGUCCGUCACAGCACAGGAAAUGGAGGAAAAGGUGCGGCUAGCCAGAAGAAUGGCCGAUCGCAAGGUGCAGGAUGCACAGCAGCAGGCCAGCGAGGCGGUGCGUUCACGUGACGAGUCGCGUCAACAGGUGGUCGCCCUGAGCAAGGACAUGCGGGACGUUCGGGCAAAGCUGGAAGAGGUGCAGCGCACGGUGACACAGUCGCAGGACGCUCAAGAUUAUGUUGUGAUGGAUAAACUAGUCAACACGUUACUAUCCAGCAAGUACCUAGACUCGCAUCCAGACGCUCAGAGGACUGUGCCAUCCGCUUUCUUCUUGCUGGGAGCAAGCCGUGGACGGCAGCAGAUUGAGCAAGUCACCACCUUGCCCAAGUGGAAAGUUGUGGGCCAGCUUCCUUUCUCGUCGCUGAACAGAUGCAAUCAGCCAUGCGCCCACAAUGGCUAUUUGUACGCUGGUCUAGCUAUGGAUGAAUCCGAGGAGCUGACGUUGAUGCGAGCGCCGCUAAACGAUCUCUUCGAGAGCUCGUGGAAACGCGUGCCCGUGCCGUGCGGUGCCAAGUGGAAUUACCAUUGCUAUUUGCUGAGCGCACAGAACUCUCUUUGGCUGAUUGCGACAAAUUUGGAACGCACCGAUACUCACUCGGUCUUCAGGCAGGUUGCGGACGGUACGUGGCAGCCGGUUACGCGGUUCCGUGCGCUGCGCACAGCGUUUGGCGUUGGUUUCCGCGGCAGCACGCUGGCGGUGGUGGGUGGUUGCUGUGGUGUGCAGUACGGUCGUGAUGACCCGGUACUGACUCCGGAGCUGUACGACACGGGCAGUGACGAGUGGCUACAAUUACCGUGCCUACGACAAUACAGUAAGUCGGCGACUGUUCUCGACUUUGCCGGCUGUCUGCACGCCGUGGCGGGUCACGGUUACAUUGAAGACAAUCAACACCUUGUUCACAGUCUGGGGAUGAUGCCAAUAGCGUCGUCAUCGUCUUCAGCCAAGCAAUCCUGGACGACGGACAAGAUCCCGCCAUUGCCAUUCCGUCGGUGCGGCGCUGCGGUCGUCAACAACCAGUUAGUUGUGGCCGGCGGGCAACCAGAUAAUCGUAAAACUGCCGUUCAACGUGUCUAUCUACUGGAGCGCACGUCUCACCGCUGGCUUGAGCUACCGCCGUUGCAGUGUGCACAGUUCUCGCCACGCCUUGUGUCCGACUCAAGGCACGUGUGGUGCUUCGGUGGCUUCAACUCCAGCGGUCACUUCCAUCGAGACAUCGAGGUGCUGCAGCUGACAUAGUGUGUGGGUGGUUGUUUGCGCGCGUGUGUGUGUGAGUGUGUGUGUGUGUGUGUGUGUGUGUGUGUGUGUGUGUGUGUGUGUGUGUGUGUGUGUGUGUGUGUGUGUGAGAGAGAGAGAGAGAGAGAGAGAGAGAGAGAGAGAGAGAGAGAGAGAGAGAGAGAGAGAGAGAGAGAGAGAGAGGGACGCGACCAUGUAAACUUGAGAGAAGUUGAGUCAUGUCAUGUUUUGCAGGCUGACAGCAUCCUAUUUUUAUACUAUUUGAACCAUGUUGUUUAGUGAAUUAUUAGUUUGCAGCGAAAGCACUGACGUCUCCACUUUUGUCCACCGCCAGGCAGUUUAACGUCUUUAUUUCCGAUGAAGAUCGCAAGGUGAUUGCUAGUGAAAUCCAACAUUACGUACACAGCAGAGCCAGGCGCUCACAGCACACCCCACUGCUAGGGCCCUGGCCCGCCGCGUCUGUACGGUUGGAUUUUACUUUAAAUCGCAGUGUAUUGAUAGCCAUACUCUAUCUGCUGGAUUCCAUCAAUCUUGCUGCUACGGGAUUAGAUUCUUCUUUUCCUUUUUUCCAAUUAUAUUCAGCUUUCACGGCCACAAUAUUAUGCCAAUUUCCCCCCACGUUUCCUGCGUAACUGGGUGGUGAAGUCCAGACCAUUCUAAACAAGUUAUACUGUUAGAUCUGCUAGACCAUUCGUAAUACAGAACUCCAGAUAGUACUAUUCAUGCAUUCUGUGCUUUGCAAGUAGAGUGAAUUAGCACACACUUGAGCAUCGUAACUAUUGCUGUUGAUGGAUUCGCAAAUCUCUUGAUUAACCCGAGGCAUCAUAUCAAUAUUUUUAUGAGCAAUGAUAUCGUUCCCCUAACAAUAUACGUUCUACGUUCCGGUGGAAGGUCCAUGAAGGGGUCUGGAACCUGUGCUAAAUCCUCUGAAUGCAGUGGAUAUAAAGCAGGGGAUCCAAGUUGUAUUAUUAUGACUUUCACAGUGCUGAUUCCAAGAAAUACAACAUUGACCACCCUUGA